AUGGCCCGCGGCGCACCUCCACCGUCCUCCAAGCCCGCCGACGACGACCGAUCCGGGGCCGCGGGGGAGCCCAAGCAGAGCAAGCGGCGCUGCGUGCAGUCGGCCUGCGUGCCCUGCAGGAAGCGCAAAUCCAAGUGCGAUGGCGGGACCCCCGUGUGCGCGACAUGCACCGCCGUCUACAAGAGCGACUGCUACUACGACCCCGAGAGCGAGGGCCGCCGCGCGAAGACCACCGCCGCGGGCACGAAGCGCGACAGCUCGGCCGUGGCGAGCCGCGCCAGCAACGACAACGCCGAGUUCCUCAUCUCGUCCAUCCGCAGCCUGCCCGAGACCGAGGUCUACGACCUGAUCCAGCACAUCCGCAGAGAUGCGCGCCUGGACAUCGCCGCCCUGGCCGAGUCGUGGCGGAAGACGGUGACGCUGCCCCCGAGCACGCCCGUCGAGCCGCAGUCGCUGGAGAGCGACCUCUCCAUGCUGCUGGGCAAGCCGGCCAUGACGCAGUCGGGCGAGAGCAGGUACUUUGGCCACACCAGCGGCAUGUCGCUGGUGCCCGAGGACGAGAACUACACGCGGACGGGCGUGCGCCCGCCGAGUGCUGAGCGCAAAACCUCCACGUGGACCAACAUUACGCAGGAUAUCGGCUUCGUGGAACGCCUCCUGGACCUGUACUUCCACUGGUCGCACACCUUCUACGUCGUCUUCUCCCGCGAGUGCUUCUACAAGGACUUCCACAACGGCCGCGAGAAGUACUGCAGUCCGCUGCUGGUCAAUGCCAUUCUCGCCUAUGCCUGCCACUUCACCGACGACCCAGCCGGGAGGACCGAUGCAUCCAAUUUCCGCACCGCCGGAGACGCCUUCUUCGAGGAGGCGCGCCGGCUGUUGUACGAGGACGAGAGCCCUUCGCUCACCACCACGCAGGCCCUGUGCGUCAUGGCUAUGCGCGAGCCGUCCGCGGGGAGAGACAGCUCUGGCUUCAUGUACAUGGGUCGGUGCAUGCGCAUGGCCAUUGAGUUGGGGCUGCAUCUGAAUUCGCCGCCUGCUCUGCAGUUGACCCCGUCAGAGGUCGAAGUGCGCAAGGUCACCUUCUGGGGCUGCUUUACUGUUGACACGUGGGUCACCUGCCAGCAAUCCAUGCUCCGCUUCGCUGACUUCUCCAGGGUAUGGUCUAUUUGCGUCGGGCGCAUAUCUCAGCUCCCGCGCGCAGCCAUCACCUUGGACAAGCCUAUCCUAGAAGAGCAUCCUGAAGCCUAUUCAGGUGCCUCCCAGGUGCCUCCUGGCGCUGUGACUAGCCACAUCUUUCUGCAGGAAUUCAGCACGCUUUCGGAGCUCAUCAACGACAACAACUUCAUGUUCUUCGCGCCCAAGGAACGCUUCACUAGGAGCCGCCUCCUCGAUGUUCACAACAAGUAUAAGAGCUGGUACAAGGACCUACCGCAGAAGCUGAAGUUGCAAGGCGUGCGAGAGCCGCAGCCUCAUAUCCUCUGCCUCCAUAUGCUGUACUUCACCGCAGUGGUUCAUCUCUUCCGUCCUCUGCUUAAAGUCGACCUGGUCGACUCCGAUAUCCGCCCGCGCGACAUCUGCGUCGAUGCCGCCAACAAAGUGUCCGAACUUCUUCGUCUCUACCGCCAACAAUACAAAAUGCGCGCCUGUCAGCUGGUCCUCACGCACAUUCUGCUCUCAGUCGGUAUAGUGCAUCUCGUCUACUCUAAGGAUUCGCCGACUUCAUAUCGCAAUUUGGUGGAAGGAUGUAAAGCCUUGGAGGAUCUUAGCGUCUGCCACUACUUCGGAGCCCGAGGUUUUAAGAUUAUCCACGCACUAGCAAAGACAUGGAACUUGCCUUGGCCAGAGGAACUAAAGAACAGCAAGCUAGUGCCCAAAGACAGCCCGCGAGGUGUUUUGAGCCCGCCAGCUGAAUCUUUCCUCGCGGCGCGACCCACGUCGAGUAUCUCAAGCCGAAUGGGCGCUGGAGCCGGCAUUGUGUAUAUGAGUCCGCAUGCGCCGGCAGCACAACCCGCGCGGAGAGAAAGCUUAAGCAUGUUUGCGCGCCCCGAGCGUGCAGCGAGCGUGCAAGGUCUUGCUUCACGCACGCCCCCAGCUCAAGCCCCGGGGAUUGUCCCGAGCCAGCGGCAGCACCGAGGAUCAGGACCCAGUAUCGUUCCGUCAUAUUCACCCUCAGCAAGCUCUACGCCUCAAAUGGUUUCCACGACGCACGCCAGUCCUGCAAGCAGCUCGGCAGAAACCCUCUUCUGGGCGCCCGUCCCCGGUAUGGGCAUGCCGAUCCUCCCGCGGAACUAUCAGGAGAGCCCUAUGGACCUCGAGAACAUGUUAGCCAAUGUAGACGAGUGGGAUCGGUUCUCAAAAGACGGAUUCAAGAUGUCCGAGACGUGGACGCAGGAUCCCGUCACUACGGUGAACGGAAUGUCCGCGGAUGGUUUCGCGCAAAGAGGGGUCGCAAGCCACGUGUAUUCUACCAACGGAGAUACCAGUCCGUAUACUACCGGAGGCGAGAUGAAUCAGCAAGGAGGUCCACAUGCCAGCGAGCAAACCUUCGAUCCGCGGUGGUGGAACGGCAACGGCAACACAGGGCCGAUGAGCUGA